AUGCCUCAAACUUCGCCUCCCCUGUCGACCCUUCUUCCACCACUCAUCUGUGGAACAGCUACCUUCAAUGAUCAAUACAAUCCAGACCCUUAUGCACUGCCAACCACAGGCAUAGUCCACCGCGCCCUCUCCUUGGGAGUCCGCGCCUUCGACACCUCUCCCUAUUACGGCCCGGCUGAAGAAUUGCUUGGAAAAGCGCUCAACACCCCAUUUGUCCACGAGAACUUCCCCCGCCGCGACUACUUCCUCCUCACCAAAGUCGGGCGCAUCGCUGGCGCUGAAUUCGACUAUUCAGCCCCUUGGGUACGACGUAGCGUACAGAGAAGUCUUGAUAACCUACAUACCAAGUACCUUGAUGUGGUCUACUGCCACGACGUCGAGUUCGUCACUCCAGAGGAGGUCCUCACAGCGAUUACAGAACUCCGGAGGAUACGAGAUGAGACUGGCCGGAUAAAGUACGUGGGAAUAUCUGGCUACCCAGUGGCCACACUUUGUGACCUUGCCGAGAUAAUCCUUGAACGGACUGGCGAGCCUUUGGACGCAGUCAUGUCGUACGCCAAUUUUACCCUACAAAACACAAGGCUCAGCUCAGUCGCUCUUCCUAGGCUGAAGGCCGCAGGGGUCAGUGUAGUUCCAAAUGCCUCCGUUCUCGGUAUGGGGCUGCUGCGCCGUACAGGUGUACCCAUCGGCGCUCAGGGCGACUUCCAUCCGUCUCCUAGUGAGUUGCGGACAGUGAUACAGAAAGCUAGCGAUUGGUGUGACCAGCAAGAUAAUCGGAUCGAGAAAGUCGCUAUACGCUUCGCAUUAGAAGUCUGGAUGCGGGAAGGCGAGCCUGUCGGUUCGAAGGGCGAUCCAGCCUCUGGAAUAGCAUGGCGACGAGAGCAGGUUAAGCCGAAUGCUCCCAAGCUCGGAGUAAGUGUCAUGGGUGUCAGCAACGUGGACGAGCUGAACGAAACGAUGCGCGUCUGGAGAAGUAUACUUGACGGCCUCGAAGGAGGUGAACACACUGCCGUCGAGUCUGGCCGAGGCUCCAGAGAUCGGGUUUGGAGUCUGUCGAGGCAGAAGCAGGUUCAAGAAUUGGCUACUGGGAUACGAAAGGUCCUUGGAGAGUAUCUGGACUUUGCUUGGGCAAGUCCUCCACCAGACUUCAAAAGGCCAGGCCUGUCUUCGACAGUACUUGCACCUUUGCCAACUCCGGCGGCUUCGCCCGAUCAUUCUGCUUUAAAGCUUCCGCCGGGGGAGUCCAUGGAUGUAAGCUGCACCGACUUGAUCUAA